UUUGUAACAUUAGCGUUUUACAACACUCACAUCCACAGAUACUUGAAUAAUUUUUGUUUAAUUGCACUUUUUGCAUCUUUGUGAAAACUUUUAAAUGGCGGAUGCUGCACAAAGUGCAACUGCUAGGCCCCUUAAUGCAAAUGAAGUCGUGGGCAAUAGCGUUGUCGGAGGGGUAGGGGUGUCCGUUGGUGGAGUCGGCGUUGGUUCAAUACCAGGACGAUAUGGGGAAACAGAAUGGGAGGCUCGAGAGUCGCAACGCCAAAGAGAAUUGCACGAAGCGCGGGCCAGGGCUACCCAGAUGGAAAAAACGAUGAAGUGGUGGUCCGAUUGCACUGCAAAUUGGCGUGAGAAAUGGAGUAAGGUACGCAACGAGCGUAACAAGGCACGCGAAGAAUCCAAACAGUUGACCAUCAAAUUGGAAGUCACUAUGAAGGAGGCAAAUUCAUUGAAGCGCGAGAAGAACGAUCUUGAACUGCAGAUUACGCAGCUAAAGAAGGAAAUGGAGAAGGUGCACACGCUAAUGAUGAAACACGCCGGUCAGUUCCAUCGGGCCGAUACUAGUGAAGGCGAUGUUGAGGCCAAUGGGCGGGAUGCCAAUUGCUCCCCAGACAUCUCUUCCGAUGGUCUAAAGAAUGUUAACAGCGAGGACGGAUUGGUUACCAAAAUGUGUAAUGAUGUUAAAGAUCUGGAUAUUGAGGAGUUUGCCCUAAAAGGCGCCAUGCCCAAACAUCAUUUGACUAAUUUGGAUGAGACAGCAGCAGCGGCAGAGGAAAAGCGUCUUAUACAGCAGCUGUCCAAGGAUGAUUUUGAUGAGGAUUAUUUGAUGCAAAAAAUAUCUAUGCUACAGCUGCGCUUAGAAGAGGUGCAGAAGACUUUGCAGGCGGAGAGAGAUGAAAAAUUGGAGUUGCAGAAGACUAUUGAGAAGCUUACCUUGGAGAUGCAGGAUGUGCGUGCACGUCAAGAGGAGAUGCGCUCAGCCAAACAGGAGGCCGUUCGCGAACUACUAACAUUGCAGGAGCAACAUCGAGCCGAGAUGCGCAUUGUUAAUAAUUCAUUGCAGGAGGAGGUUGCAGCUCGUGAGAAUUUAGAGAGACGUCUUAGCGAAUUGCGUACCGAACUGGAGCAUCUGCAGGCCGAAAAUGCAUCAGAGUGGGGCAAACGCGAGCGCUUAGAGUCAGAGAAAUCAGCUCUGGAGCGAGAUAAUAAAAAGUUGCGUUCCGAGCUACGCGAUUAUCAAGAGCGUUCCGAUCGGAAAUGUCGACCACUGCAGGCCAACGACGUCGAGUUGCGUGCACUCCAACAGGACCUCUCGGAACGGAAUAAAGAAAUCAAUGAGGUGAAGAUGUCCCAUUCCAAGUUAAAGAAACUGUUGGCUGAGACCAACACAGAGCUGGGCCACGCUGUGCGACGAGCGGAACAAUAUGAAGCUGAGGUUAAACGGCUGCGACAACGCGUGGAAGAGCUGAAACGUGAAUUAGCCGGUGCAGAGGACGAGCUUGAUUCGGCAGUCAAUCAAGUGCGGCGCCUGCAGCGCAGCAAUGAUGAGUUGGUUGGCCAAACAGAAGGUUUCCAAGUGCAAAUUCAGCACUUGCAGAGCCGACGAGCUCCAAGUCCACAAAUGCGUGGAUUGGGCGGCGUCCAGUUGAGAAACAAAAUAGCCGUUGAGCUACCAAGCGAUUGUUUAGCCAAGCCCAACAUCAAUGAUUUACGUCAGAUUUUUGAUGACUCUCAGGCGGGACUUCGUAGUUCCCACAAUGGCAGUGAUGCCGCUGUCCAUCAUGCAGCCUCAGUGAAGCGGUCUAGUCAUACGGAACGAACGCUACUUCAGCAGCAACAGAAUAGCGUAACCUCAGCUGCAGCGGCAGCUGCUUUCUUCGAUGCCAAGCCCACCCAUUUGGAGGAAAACAUCUUUGAGUCGAAAUCAAGAAAUUUGGAAUUCGAGCGUGCCAAGCAGAAGUUUGAUAAUCCACAUCCCCAUCAUCAUCAGCACCACCAGCACCAAAGGCAGCGUUCUGUGGGAAAUGGUCGAUAUGGCAGUGCCGGGAGCAGCUCGAGCUCUGGUAAUCGGGCCAAUCUUGCCUUGCCCCUAAAGUGUAUGACCAAUGGAAGCAGCCAUGAUAAAGAGCAUCGUCAACAGUCAAGUUCUAGUGUCGGUUAUGCUAGAAAUAGUAUUAAUCUAGAUGGGCUUAAGGUAUCGGACGAUGAGACUCCGUAGUUAUGGAUCAACAAGUUUACUCCUAGAUGAUGAAACUGAAGGCAACAGUGAUUGAGCG